AUGUCUUUCCAAGACGCAUACUGGGCGGCGCCGCCAAUCUCCAGAACCAUCACAGCCGCCACCGUGCUCAUCUCAGUGCCCGGCCAUCUGGGAUUGUAUAGUCUGAUAUGGGUACUGUUCCUGAAGGACUACGUCUUCACCAUCCGCCAGCUGCCACAGAUAUGGCGUCUCGUCACUGCCUUCUUCAUAACCGGGCCGCAGCUGGGCCUCAUCAUGGACCCGUUCUUCCUCUACCACUAUAGCAGUCAGCUCGAGACUGGCUCUCCACGAUUCAGCAGGCCAGGCGCGUACGCGUGGUAUAUCUUCUUCGUGGCGAGUGUCAUCAUGCUCACCGGAGGUAUUUACUUGGGUGGCGUCACGCUUCUCAACCCUCUCAGCAUGGCCCUCAUCUACACGUUCGCCCAAGAAGACCCCAACCGGGUCGUGCAGUUCUUCAUCAUUCAGAUGCCCGCCAAGUACUUGCCAUACGCAUCCCUCGCCAUCACCUACCUCAUGGGCGGCCCAUUCGCGACCAUGAUCCAAGCCACCGGCAUUCUUGCUGCGCAUCUCUACGACUUCCUUGACCGAGUCUGGCCGCAAUUCGGUGGUGGCUCGCAAUGGAUCAAGACACCGCAGUUCGUAGAGAAGUGGUUUGGCACGCCCGCGGGUACAGGCACAGCUCGUACCUACGGCACUGCUUUCAAUGCCCGAGCCAACGGUCCAGGCCAAGCCGCGCCCCAGAACCAGACUGGCAGUGGUGGUGGAUGGGCCAGUGGCUCUGCUUGGGGCAGUAGAGGCUCUGGACGGAGAUUGGGAGGGGAGUGA